CGCGGAUGGUUUUUUGCCCAGCAGGCUGACUCCACCGAGCGGUGGAGGCUGCUGGCGCGGAGAAUGGUGGCGUCGUGCCCUCGCAGGUAGGGGGAGCGGUUCGCGGCUGCACGGUAAGCGGGGCACGGUCCCGCCUUCUGCCUCUCCUUCGCAUGGCGGGAACUGUCGGCUAGCAGUCCGCGCCCCGGGCCUCAGAUCCUCUCUUAAGGUCUUGGGAGCAAUACCUGUUCCUUAAGGAGAGGUGUUCAUGUGCUUAUUGAUAAUAUUGAAAGAUCAAAGUAUAUAGACCUUCAACUUACCAAAUCUAUUUAGAAAAGCUUCCUGAAAGAAGAAAUUGUUCAAAAGAAAUUUGCAAGUAGCCAAGUAUAAGACAGAGAAUUGACAGCAGAUGCAGAGGACAGCAUGGAAGUUUUACUUCAUUCACUUAUUUAACAAAUUUGUUCAGAAAAACUUUGUUGAACACCUAUUCUUGCCAGGGAUUGUUCUAGGCAACGGAACAUAGCGGUGAACAAAAUAGACAAAAUCUCCUGCCUGUAUGCAGCUACAACUAUGAUGUCUUCCAGUUUCAAUGUAUUUAGAGUUGGCAUCUCUUUUGUCAUGAUGUGCAUUUUUUAUAAGUCAGCAGUAGACGCUCUACCAGAACUGAGUCCUCAGAAAUUUUUCAGUAUAUUGCAACCAGGAAAAGCCACCUUAGCUUAUUUUUGUCAAGCUGAUUCUCCAAGUACCUCUGUGUUUCUUGAAGAACUGAAUGAGGCUGUAAAACCUCUCCAGGACUAUGGAAUUUCAGUGGCAAAGGUUAAUUGUGUCACAGAAGAAACAUCAAGAUACUGUGGAAAAGAAAAGGAUUUGAUGAAGGCAUAUUUAUUCAGGGGCAGCAUAUUACUCAGAGAAUUCCCGACUGAUACCUUGUUUGAUGUGAAUGCCAUCAUUGCUCAUGUUCUCUUUGCUCUUCUUUUCAAUGAAGUAAGAUAUAUCAACACCCUGGGAGACCUUCAGAACAUAGAAAAUGCUCUGAAAGGAAAAGCAAACAUUGCAUUCUCAUACGUCAGAGCCAUUGGAACACCAGAGCACAGAGCAGUCAUGGAAGCUGCUUUUGUGUAUGGGACCACAUACCAAUUUGUCUUGACCACAGAAAUCGCCAUUUUGGAAAGUAUCGGCACUGAGGAUAUAGAAUACGCACAUCUCUACUUUUUUCAUUGUAAGCCAGUCUCGGACUUGACCCAGCAAUGUAGAAGAACACUAAUGGAACAGCCACUGACUACACUGAACAUUCAUCGGUUUAUUAAGACGAUGGAAGCACCUCUGCUGACUGAAGUUGCUGAGGAUCCUCAACAAGUUUCAACUGUUCAUCUCCAACUAGGGUUACCACUGGUUUUUAUUGUUAGUCGACAAGCUACGUAUGAAGCUGAUAGAACAACUGCGGAAUGGGUUGCUUGGCGUCUUCUCGGAAAAGCCGGAGUUCUACUCUUGUUAAGGGACUCUUUGGAAGUGGACAUUCCCGAGCAUGCUAAUGUGAUCUUCAAAAGAGCAGAAGAGGGAGUGCCAGUGGAAUUUUUGGUGUUACAUGAUAUUGAUUUAAUAAUAUCCCGUGUAGAAAGUAAUACGCACAUGAAGGAAACACAGGAAUAUGAAGACAAUGACAUGGAAGGUCCAGAUAUGGAUAUUCAAGAUGAUGAAGUGGCAGAAACUGUCUACAGAGACAGGAAGAGAGACUUACCUUUGGAACUCACAGUGGAACUAACAGAAGAGACAUUUAAUGCGACAGUAACAGCUUCUGACAGCCUGGUGCUCUUCUAUGCGAGUUGGCAAGCAAUAUCCAUGGCGUUUCUUCAAUCCUAUAUCGAUGUGGCAGUUAAAUUGAAAGGCACAUCCACUCUGCUGCUUACUAGAGUAAACUGUGCAGACUGGUCCUAUGUAUGUACUAAGCAAAAUGUCACUGACUUUCCUGUUGUAAAGAUGUACAAGGAAGGCGAGAACCCAGUGUCUUAUGCUGGUAUGUUAGGAACUGAAGAGCUCCUAAAAUUUAUCCAGCUCAACAGGAUUUCAUGCCCAGUGAACAUAACAUCUGUCCAAGGAGCAGAAGAAUUUUUAAGUGGGGAAUUAUAUAAAGACCUGAUCACCUACUCUCGUGUGUCAGUACUGGGGCUGUUUAGUCCAACCAUGACAACAGCAAAAGAAGAGUUCACUGAAGCAGGAAAGCACCUAAAAGGAUGUGUUAUCACUGGAGUUUAUUCUGAAGAAGAUAUUUUGAUACUGUCAGAUAAAUACGCUGUAACUCUUCCAGCCCUGCUGCUUGCCAGACACCAAGAAGGCAAAAUAGAGAGCAUUCCAUUAGCGAACGCCCAUGCGCAAGACAUAGUUCAAAUAAUAACAAAUGCAUUACUGGAAACAUUUCCAGAAAUUACUGUGGAAAAUCUUCCCACUUAUUUAAGACUUAAGAAACCGUUACUUAUUUUAUUCAGUGAUGGCAGCAUAAAUCCUCAGCAUAAAAAAGCCAUAUUGACACUGGUAAAAGAGAAACACUUGGAUUCACUUACCCCUUGCUGGUUAAAUAUAAAGAACACUCCUGUGGGGAGAGGAAUCUUGCAGGCGUAUUUUGACACUCUGCCCCCGCUUCCUCUUCUUGUUGUGGUGAAUCUGCAUUCAGGUGGCCAAGUAUUUGCAUUUCCUUCAGACCAGGCUAUAAGUGAACAAAACCUUCUACUGUGGCUGAAAAAAGUUGAAGCAGGACUAGAAAGCCACAUCACCAUUUUACCUGCUCAGGAAUGGAAACCUCCUCUGCCUGCUUAUGAUUUUCUGAGCAUGAUGGACGCUGCAGCAUCUCAGCAUCCUCCCAAGAAGAUUCCUGAGUGUACGAAGGAAACUGAUGUGCAGGAAAAUGAUGGAGAACAGCCGGAAGAGAAAUCUGCGAUCAGAAAUGAACCGAUUGGAACAUGGAGAAUAAAGCAUUGGAGUAGAAGUAAUUGGUUUGGAGAAGCCAAAAAAUCAUUUGUGUAUGAUAAUAAAGAAUUAUGAUGCUCAAAAGCCAGCUUGUUUUACAGGGCUGUGGAAAGCUUUCGAAAGUAUUUUUGGCUUAUUUGCCAGACUCGUUAAAAAAAUAACACUGAAUCA